AUGCAAAUAGACUCACCAUCGCCACAGGAGAUUGACGAAGGGUUGUACUCGCGUCAGCUCUAUGUCCUCGGCAAAGAAGCCAUGCUCAAGAUGCAAAACGCCAACGUCUUGAUCAUUGGGUUGAACGGCUUGGGAAUAGAAAUUGCCAAGAAUAUCGCCCUUGCCGGCGUCAAAUCACUAAGCUUGUACGAUCCACAUGCGGUGGAACUCAAGGAUUUGUCGACUCAGUUUUUUUUGUCGGAAACGGACAUUGGCCGCGCCGUGGACGAAGUCAGUGCCGUCAAAUUGAGAGAAUUGAACGCAUACGUGCCCAUUUCUGUGGUUGACAAUAUCAAUGAAGACACCUUGCUCAAGUUCAAAUGCAUAGUGUCCACCAACAUUUCGUUGGAAGAACAGGUCAAGAUUAACCAAAUCACCCACGCGAACGACAUUGGCUACAUAAAUGCCGAUAUUAGAGGUCUCUUUGGACAGAUUUUCGUGGAUUUUGGAGAUAAAUUCACCAUUGUUGACCAGACCGGAGAGGAGCCGUUGGCCGGCAUAGUUUCCGAUAUUGACAAGAACGGUGUUGUCACCAUGUUGGACGACAGCAGACACGGUUUAGAAGAUGGAGAUUAUGUCAAGUUUACUGAAAUCGAGGGGAUGCCCAAGUUGAAUGACGGCAACCCGCAUAGAGUAGAGGUGUUGGGACCUUAUGCUUUCAAGAUCAAAAUCGAUGAUACAUUUGGAGAAUACAAGAGAGGCGGCCAGUACACACAGGUCAAAGUACCAAAAGAUGUCAAGUUCGAACCUUUGCUCGAGCAGUUGAAAAAUCCCGAGUACUUGAUUUCAGAUUUCGCCAAGUUUGAUAAGCCUGCUCAGUUGCACAUUGGCUUUCAAGCCCUACACGCGUUCAGGACCAAACGCGGACGCUUACCAGCACCUUACCAAGAGGAAGACGCCAACGAAGCUUUUAGAUACGCCGAAGAAUUGGCCACCCAGAAUAAGGACAUUGUUGAAGAGUUGGACGAAAAGUAUUUGAAACAGUUGUUUUACCAAGCCCAAGGCGACAUACCAGGUGUUGUUGCGUUUUAUGGAGGCUUGAUUGCACAAGAAGUAUUGAAAUGCUGCUCUUCUAAAUUUACCCCGAUUAAGCAAUGGCUCUAUUUUGACUCGUUGGAGUCGUUGCCAUCAGACAAGGACUAUCCUCGAAGUGCCGAGAAUAAUAAACCAAUUGGUUCAAGAUACGAUGGCCAAAUCGCCGUCUUCGGCAAGGCGUUCCAAGAAAAAAUCGCCAACUUGAAGGUGUUUUUAGUUGGUGCAGGAGCCAUUGGAUGCGAAAUGUUGAAAAACUGGGCCAUGAUGGGGUUGGGUUCGGGACCCAAUGGUAAAAUCUUUAUAACGGACAAUGACUCGAUCGAGAAAUCCAAUUUAAAUCGUCAGUUCUUGUUCAGACCCAAAGACGUGGGCAAGAAUAAAUCGGACGUUGCCGCUGAGGCUGUUCAGCAAAUGAACCCUGCUUUGAAAAACAAGAUUGACUCUAGGUUGGACAAGGUGGGGCCAGAAACGGAAAACAUCUUUGACGAUAGUUUUUGGAAAAACUUGGACCUCGUUACAAACGCUUUGGACAAUGUUGAAGCAAGAGAGUACGUUGACCGUCGCUGCAUUUUUUUCAAAAAGCCAUUGUUGGAGUCGGGUACUUUAGGUACCAAAGGUAACACCCAAGUGGUUGUUCCUAACUUGACUGAAUCAUACUCGUCUUCACACGAUCCACCAGAAAAGUCAAUCCCAUUGUGCACUUUGAGAUCUUUCCCAAGCAAAAUUGACCACACUAUUGCAUGGGCCAAGUCCUUGUUUCAAGGCUACUAUGUAGAAUCGCCCGAGAGUGUCAACUUGUACUUGAGCCAACCAAACUUUCUCGAAGUCAGCUUGAAGCAGAAUCCCGACAAAAAGGGAACUUUGGAAAACAUCUCCAAGUACUUGAACGAACGGCCAUACACUUUUGAGGACUGUAUCAAGUGGGCGAGAUUGGAGUUUGAGACCAAAUUCAACCACGACAUUAAGCAAUUGCUCUACAACUUCCCCGCUGACGCCAAAACGUCAACAGGCGAGCCAUUCUGGUCUGGACCCAAGAGAGCUCCAAAGCCUUUGCAAUUUGACAUUGAUAACAAUAAGGACCAUUUGGACUUUAUUAUUGGAGGAGCCAAUUUGUUGGCGUACAUUUACGGGUUGAAAGAGCCCAGUGCAACGAUUGACGACUACAAAAAGGCCUUGCAGGACUUGUCUAUCCCUGAAUUCCAGCCUAGAUCGGGUGUUGCCAUUGCCGCAACCGAGGCAGAAGCCGAAGAACAAGCCAACCAGUUGUCUGGCUCCUUCGACGACGACGAAAUUAGGAAAAUCGCCGCGUCGUUACCCGAGCCAAGCACGUUAGCUGGCUAUAGAUUAAACCCGAUAGAGUUUGAGAAAGAUGAUGACACGAACCACCACAUCGAGUUCAUCACUGCUGCUUCCAAUUGCAGGGCUUUAAACUAUGGAAUCGAAACUGCUGAUGCCCACAAGACCAAAUUCAUUGCUGGAAAGAUUAUUCCUGCAAUUGCAACUACAACCGCGUUGGUCACAGGGUUGGUGUGUUUGGAGUUGUAUAAAGUCGUUGACGAAAAGGAUGACAUUGAACAAUACAAGAAUGGAUUCAUCAAUUUGGCGUUGCCAUUUAUUGGGUUUUCCGAGCCUAUAAAGUCGACAAAGGGUAAAUACGGUAAAAAGGAAUUCGACACUAUUUGGGACCAGAUUGUUAUUGAAGAGGACAUCACUUUGCAGCAAUUGUUGGACCGGUUCCAAAAUGACGAUGGAUUAGAGAUUUCCAUCUUGUCGUAUGACGUGGUUGUCUUGUAUGCGUCGUUCUUCCCCGCAAAAAAGAACCAGGAAAGAUUACCGUUGACCAUUUCGGAGUUGAUCAAAAAAGUCAGCAAAAAGAAUAUCCCAUCGCAUAUCAAGUACUUGGUUCUUCAAGCGUGCUGUGAAGACGAAGACGGUGAAGAUGUCGACAUUCCUCCAAUUAGUGUAAAGUAUUCUCCUAUAAACUAG